GAAUCAUGAAUCAUUGUAAUAUAUAUAACAUUAUAUCAAUCAAUAAUACAAUUCUCUAUUUCUCUUUAUACAUUAAAUUUCUACAUGGUAUCAGAGCCAUAAGAUUUAGGCCUGUAUUUCUUUCUCACCAGCGGGCAGCCGGCUGGCAACUUUGCCUUUGCUGCCCGCUGGAAUUUUCUACACAUACCUUCCACUCUCCACAGCCGUAACUCUGCAAGAAGAGAACUCUAAGCUCUCUCUCUCUCUCUCCUUUCUCUCUUCACUCGCAAAGCUUCUUGUUUUCGGAAGAUCGCUCGUACUCUACGAUCCGAUAUCAAAAAAAGCAAUCGUUUUUCCCUUAAGAAAUGGCGCUGAUCUUGCAUGCAGGGAAAACAAACAAAAAUGCUUUCAAGACACUCAUUGCUGCAGAGUACAGUGGUGUCCAAGUUGAACUUGCCCCGAAUUUUGAGAUGGGUGUGUCAAAUAAAACCCCAAAGUUUAUUAAGAUGAACCCUAUUGGGAAGGUUCCUGUGCUGGAAACUCCUGAUGGGCCCAUCUUUAAGAGCAAUGCCAUAGCACGAUAUGUUGCUCGCUUGAAGUCUGACAAUCCUCUUUGUGGCUCUUCGUUAACAGAAUGUGCCCAUGUUGAGCAGUGGAUUGACUUUGCAUCACUGGAGGUUGACGCUAAUAUUUUGAAUUGGUUUAGACCAAGAAUGGGACACACUGUUUACCUUCCUCCAGCUGAGGAAGCUGCUAUUUCUGCAUUGAAGAGAGGUCUUGGUGCUUUGAAUACAUAUUUGGCUUCAAACACUUACCUGGUUGGGCAUGCUGUGACCCUGGCUGAUAUUAUCAUGACAUGCAAUUUGUAUUUGGGAUUCACUCGGCUCAUGACCUCUGAGUUCACCGACUCAGUAAACAUCCUUCACGUGUACGACACAGUCUUCCAUGGCUUCUCUGCUGCUCUCACUACUUCUCAAGCCGGUUACGUCCUUCAACACCCUUCUAUUCUGGCCACGUUCGCAGAUCGCCGGAGACAACUCCACACAACUCGGUCACCCCAAUUUCUCGACCUGAGAAACCAGCGAGGUCUCUGGUCCGAAUCCGAUUAUGGGUCCGAUGUGAUUAUUGGGUUGUUUGAUACUGGAAUUUGGCCUGAGCGAAGAAGCUUUUUGGAUCUGAAUCUCGGCCUUGUUCCGAGUUGGUGGAAAGGGGUUUGUUAGAUCGGAGAUACAUUCAGUUCGAGGAGUUGUAAUAGGAAGAUUGUUGGAGUGAGAUUCUUCUCCAAAGGUCAUGAUGCUGCGGGGUUGUAUCUUAAUAUUAUUUCUUUCUUUAUUUAUUUUUCUUUCACCUUAGUUUUAGCACCACCCAAAACCAUCAU